UCUAUGUUUAUAUUUAUUCUUAUGAAAAUAGGCAAAAAAUCGUUUGCUGCUAACAGGAACUCCAGUUCAAAACAAUCUUUUGGAACUUAUGUCCCUCUUGAAUUUUGUGAUGCCACACAUGUUCAGUAGCAGCACCAGUGAAAUUCGGAGGAUAUUCUCUUCUAAAACAAAGGCAUCUGAGGAACACAGUAUCUAUGAAAAGGAGAGAAUUGCACAUGCCAAGCAGAUAAUCAAACCAUUCAUCUUGAGACGAGUAAAAGAAGAGGUCCUUAAACAGCUGCCUCCCAAAAAAGAUAUUGUGGAGUGGUGUGAAAUGUCUGACAAACAGGAGAAUCUAUACCAAGAUCUCUUCAGCUCAUUGAAGAAAUCUAUUGACAGUCACGAAAAAAAUACAGAAAUGGGAAAUGUAAUGAUGCAGCUAAGAAAAAUGGCCAAUCAUCCUCUCUUACAUCGCCAGUAUUAUACGUCUGAAAAACUUAAGGUGAUGUCACAACUCAUGCUCAAGGAACCAACACACUGUGAAGCAAACCCUGACCUUAUUUAUGAAGAUAUGUCUGUGAUGACAGAUUAUGAAUUGCAUUUGCUUUGUAAACAGUAUGCAAAUAUUCGUGACUUUAAACUUGGAAUGGACCUCAUUUUCGAUUCUGGAAAAUUUAGAACAUUGACACGCAUUUUAUCUGAGUUCAAAGAAAAGGUUUGUUUUACCAAUGUAUUUUGGACAUUCUGCAGUGUUACAUGUUAUAUAUAUAUGUGAGCUGAAUUCAACUGUCACCUGUUCUGGUGUCA